GUCCUGGAAUCAGAGCUCCUCCUUGCCUUGCCUCAUUUUCUCCGCACUGUCUGUCACUGCAGAUGCACCUUGAAGACACAGGGAGCCAGACCAGAGUCAUGAUCCUUCAAGCCCUCACCCUGGCUGCCCUGCUCAGUCCCCACGGAGCUGGCGCCUUCCAGGUGGACCAUGUGUCAACGUACGCCGAGUUUGUCCAGACACACAAACCUUCUGGGGAGUACAUGUUUGAAUUUGAUGAAGAUGAGCAGUUCUACGUGGACCUGGAUAAGAAGGAAACUGUCUGGCACCUGCCAGAGUUUAUUCAUGCCUUUGACUAUGAUGCUCAGAGGGGCAUUGCUGACAUCGUCAUGGCAAGGAAGAACUUGAACACCAUGAUCCAACGCUCCAACCACACCAGGGCCACAUCCGAGCCCCCUGAGGUGACCGUGUUUCCCAAGGAGCCUGUGGAGCUGGGCCAGCCCAACACCCUCAUCUGCCAUGCGGACAAGUUCUUCCCGCCGGUGCUCAACGUCACGUGGCUGCGCAAUGGGCAGGCGGUCACUGAGGGUGUGGCUGAGACCAUCUUCCUGCCCAGCACAGAAUUCAGAUUCCACCAGUUCCACUAUCUGACCUUCCUUCCCACCGCCGAGGACGUCAAUGACUGCAGGGUGGAGCACUGGGGGCUGGACCAGCCGCUCCUCAAGCACUGGGAGGCCCAGGAGCCGAUCCAGGUGCCUGAGACAAUGGAGACCGCGGUCUGCACCCUGGGCUUGGCGGUGGGCCUGGUGGGCAUCAUCACCGGCACCAUUGUCCUGAAGACCAGGUUAUCCGAGAGCGUCCCCAGUUGCAGGGGCCCCUGUGACAAUCUUUCCUCGACGGAAGAGGACAGAGGGGAGUCCCCAGCGUCAGAUCUGCUUUAAAGCUCCAGUCUCUUUGAAUCUCUGUGCUCCUCAGCACCAGUGAUUAAUGUCCACAGAGACCCACCCCCGCCAAUUCCUGCCUGUCUAUGAGUCUAGUCGCACUUAGCACCUUGCAAAGGGCCUGGCACAGAAAGCACUUAAUAUAUAUCCAAUUUGAAGUAUGGUGACAAGGUGGCCCCACACUGAAUGGUCUACAAGCCUCGGUCUCCUCUGGGACUUCUCCCUAAACAGCAUCCUUCCUGAGAAAUCCCAGAGAUCAACAGAUACCUGUGUGUCAGAGCUAGACAUCCCUGGUGCUGUCUUGGCAACGCGAGAGCCUUUCCCCACUCUCCAUAUUUUUAAGUCCCUGGGAGCACAUAUCCUGGGCCUGUGAUGUGGGUGCAGAUGCUGCAUUUUGUGUCCUGCCAGGAGGUAAGUCUAGGGAACGUUCGCUCUGCCCUGGGUCCUUCUCUAGCCGAUAGCAUGGGGCCGUGGGAACAAGGAUGGUUGCUGUUCACCAUGGGGCUGAUUUCCUCGGAAUGAGCCCUCACAUCGUCUUCAUGCUGCUGCUUACCCAGCUUGACCCCCCUUUUAUUUCACCCAGAAUUCUCACCACUUCUAAACCUCCAGGGCUCUUCUCCUUUUCUAAGUAGCAGACAAGACUCCUCUUCCAGUAGACCUACUGUUUUGCAGGAUUUCCCCAUAGUAAAGUCGUUAAGCCCUUAGUGACUCAGUGUCUUCCUUUAUAGCACGUCAUAUUGUACUGUAUCCACUAGUCCGCUGAUGUCCCUGCCCCACCCUGCCAGGCUUUACUUUAUUCCUCCCAGCUUCUUUCAGGGGCAUCUGAAACCACC